UCAAAAUGAGGACAUCCGGAUUCAGCUUCUGCUGCUGUUUUGCGCCGUUUUUCUACAACGUGGCAGGUGGGUUCCUACAGUCCGGCUCCUCUGUGGAAGUCUUUGCAGUUCUCUCCCAUAAUGCCUCCCUCCCGUGCCGCCGCGCCACGCACCGUGCCACCUCAUCACGCGUCCUACAUGUGGAGUGGUCGCGUGUGGAUACUCACAACCACCACAGAGACGAGCUGACGGUUCACGUUGUCCGCGAUGGAAAAGAGCUGCAGAAGGAGAAAGCGGCGCAGUAUGUCGGGAGGACGGUUGUCAUGGAGAAUGGAUCUUUGACGCUGGUUGGUGUCACGUGGCAGGACAACGGCACGUACAGGUGCAACCUUUGGAGAGGACGAGUAAAAGAAGAAGUGUUAGUCUCUCUCAUUGUCGGAAGACCAACAGGAAACAGGACGUUAAUUUGCAGGGUGGAAAUACCAGAAACAAUCCUGGCCAACGAGAACAAGAUUUAUAUCAUAGAUGAGUUCAGGCCUUUGAACCCGGGACUCAGCUGGUGUAUACCUUGGGUGCUGACAGCAUUUGGGUUGGUGGGUUGUGGCUUCCUCACCUUUGUUGUUGACCUGUUGAAACUGAAGAAUCUACGAUCAACGCUGCAGAGUUGGUAUCAAGCAUCACUUUCCAUCAGGAACAGAGGAGAACAAGAACAAGUUCUACCUCUUGUAGGUAAUAACAGCUACACAGAUUACGGAGACAUCAACAGGGUCGACACAACGGGAGCCUCCAAAGACACGAUAAGAGCAAACAACCUGCUCAACCCAGGUGGAGAUCUGAGCGGAGUUAAAGCCUCCCACAUGAUGGCAGAGAGAGACCUGGACGAGAUGCUGAAGUACAAAAGUAUAAUCAAAGAAGUAGGAGAGAUACUCCACAUCCACCCAGCCCUCAUUGCUGGCAUCAUCUCCAGACAGUCUGAGGCUGGAACCAGACUAAGAAAAAACGGCUUCGGGGGGUCUGACGAGAACUGCUUCGGGCUCAUGCAGAUCAAUCGUUAUUACCACGCAGUGAAAGGAGAGCCGUGUAGCAAGGACCACGUUGACCAAGGUGUCACCUUCCUGAUCCAGCUCAUCAAAACCAUGGUUAGGACGAAGCCGGACUGGAGCCCAGAACAGCGGCUCAAAGGAGCGUUGGCGUGUUACAUAGCAGGCGAGGACAAAGUCAUUCCUCUGGAGCGAUACGAAGACUUGGACAGCGUGACGCCGUUCCACGACUUCGCCAACGAUGUGGUGGCCAGAGCUCAGUGGUUCACCGGCAAAGACUUCUGACAACAGAUCAGUUCCUUUAUUUCAUUUUCUUUAUGUUUGUGUUUAACUGCUGCACUCACACAAACACACCACGGAGGAGAG